UCAUAUGCGGAGCAACUCUGGGUUCAAGUGAAAAGUGUGGAAUAGCUCGUAUAGAAGUUGUAAAAUUGGUAUUGGCGGGUGAAAACUGCAAACUGCAUUGAAUUUCUGGUCAAUUUGCCAGACAUAAAUUGUAAAAUAAUCAAAUAAAAGAAGUAUUGCCGCGUUAUUGUGUUUAUAAGUGCCAGCAGUAGUGGAAAAGUGCCGGAGAUAAACAGAUUAUUGCUUUGAAAAUUUGCGUUAUAUAUGAAGUGCUGGUAAAUUUUUGUCAAAAGCGCCGACACCGUCGCCACACCACUGACGCAGCGAAUAGAAAAUAAGCGGGUGUGCAUCUUUAUAUAUUUCAGUGAAGUUAAUUUGGACUAUUUUCUAAAAUGCCCAUCUGCAAACGCGAUGGCUUUGACAAUAUGCCAUCUCGUAGCCGAGACGAGACUUUUCAUGACAACGACGAGGUGUUCUUUUGUGAAGUUACAAAGGAAAUCUUUCGCGACUAUGAGGACUAUUUCCGUCAUGUAAUGGUGAUAAAUUCUACUGUUUGGCAGUGCGAAGCAACUGGCCGCGACAAUCUCACCUACGCAGAGGCAUUACGAAGUGAACGACGCGCGCGUAAGAAAAUGGAACUUUUUAAAUAUUGUCUUCGAGCACCUGUACUGUUAGUAAUUGAAAACUCUAAGCAAUCCUCAUUGAACACUCUGUGUGUGAUCUUAUGCAAGUUUUUGCGCAAACGCUUUUUUAUUAAUGAAGAAGUAAUGGCCUGUCACAAGUCGUCUACUUAUUAUCCCUACACUGUUAUAGGCAUUAUUCCAUAUACUAAAGCACCUCCAGCCAACGGCGUAUACGAGGAAACUGAGAAACUUCAAUACAAAUUGCGCCGAAAAGGAAGCAAUGAAGCAGAAGUAAUUGUUCCUUUUGAAAAAAUACGACGUCAGCGGCAGGACUUUACUACAGAAAACUUACAGAUGUUCGUGAAAGAUAAUGUAACACGUAUAGAUGGUAUAUUACGGCCAAAACCAGAGUCUUAUAAAAAAUAUGUGACAGGUGAUAAGAUUCAUUUCGAAAAUAUUUUCAUAGGAAAAAUGCCUCAUUUCACACCCGCAAAAAUUAAACGUCCACCGCAAGACUCUGGUAAUAAGAAACAAUCGACACUGAAUAAAUACUUUACCAAAGAUGGAGAAUCAGAAAGCAGUGGCAAAUUGAGUGAACAAGAGGCAGCUAGACAAGAGAAAAAACGUGCUGAUGAGGAAGCCAGAAUGCUUGAGAAACUCAAGCGUAUUGCUGAACAGGAACGGCAAAAAGUUGAGAAACGCGCCAAGUUAAUUGAGCGCGUGGAAGCAGAAUGCACUGCACUGCUUACAAAGACUGAUGACUUGGAGCGCACAGACCAGCGUUUACUGCCCAUAUAUAAAGCCGUCAAAACAUAUAUACCAACCAAGCUCGUUGGAGAUGCCUUCAUGAUUCGAGAAUUCAUGCAUUGCUUCCCAACCAUAUUGUCAGGCAUCGAAGUUUUUCGCGGCAAUUUAAGUUUUUAUGAUAUGUGCCGCGCUUUUAGUUUACGCGAAGUGGCUGGACCACUAUCCGACAUCAUUUUAAUAUUUCUGGGUACAGUUUUUGAUUUGCAGAAGGAAGAAGAGGAAGAUUGUAGCGUUGAGUAUGUGCUUUUGCGGCCAGAGAUGCGAAAACGUGAACCUUUGAUAACUAUGUCCGAGGCUGCUCGUGCCCAUUCCUACGCAAAACGACAUUUCUCUUUUAAAAUAAAUGAGUUGCCGAUCGAUUCUUUGACGCUGGGGGAAGUUUUGCGUUUACAUCUGCUAUCGUCUGGAUCUUUGGUGAAAGAACGAGCUGAGAAAUGGAGAAUUAAAUAUAGAAAUGGUUAUUCAUCGUCGGAGGAUCCCGGACUUGCGCUGCGCAUGAGGCACCCGCACAUUUUGCGUGCACUAAAGAUGUACACUCUCUACCAGUUACCAUUUAUUGACAUUAUGCGUAUUGUACGUUGCUUGAUGGCUCAAAUACUCACUUACUCAAGCCCAAUAAACCUUAUUGAAGAACGUAUGGAGCAGGUGUCAAUAAGUCGGACAGAGUUGCGAGUAUUAAGCACCAUGGAGAAUAUGCGUUUGGCGAAUGUUCAAACGCAAAAGCGAACUCUAACUAAUGAGUUCCACCAACAAUGCAUGACAGAUGAGGUAAAGAGUAACGAAGAGAAAAAAAAACAACUAGAGGAUAAAUUGAAUAAAAAAAUUGCAGAAUUACUGGCACAAUCAGAACGGGAGCGUAGAAAGUUCGAACAGCAAUUACAAGGUUUUAAUUCAUCAAUAUUCAACUUUCUGGUUUACCUUGGCAUGGAUCGUGCAUACCGUAAAUAUUACGUUUUAGAAUCAAUGCCAGGCGUUUUUGUUGAGCAUACGCCAGAUAACCUUGACACUUGUUUAAGUGAACCUCCCCAAAACGCUUUGGUGGAAAAUGCCUUACUCUCAAAUAUUGAAAACUUGCCAAGAACCCGAAAAGACUUACGUGCGUAUUUAUUAAAAAUGUAUACUAAUGAAGACAAGCAGGCAGCAAAGGCCGAAAAGGCAAAAAGGGCAUCGAAAAGUACAGGGCCUAUUGCCGCGACACAAGAACACAAGGAAGAUAAAGAAAACCAUCUAGUAAAUGGUAUCGNCAUUAAAUUUAGUAAUCUCAAUUUAAUUAUAACGCAGGUGUUUCUUCAUUUAAAUGUUCUGCACGAUUGCAUUCUUUGGGCUCGUUCAACUAACAAAUCUCUCUGUCAAGUAUGCCGUCGGGGCAGUGAUCCAGACAAAAUGUUGCUAUGCGAUGAAUGUAAUGGUGGCACUCACAUGUUCUGCAUGAAACCCAAAAUGAAGACCGUGCCCGAGGGUAAUUGGUACUGCGCUCGGUGUGUCAAACGUUUGGGCUUACGUAAUGAAAAUGAGGAAAAAAAUAGUAAAACUUCAUCGCAAAAACGAAAACGUACAUUCAAUAUUGACGAUAAUAUAGAUGAUGGUAUGGUGAAUGGCUCUAAAGAUGGUGAGCGUGUACGUAGUACCGGACGCCGUAGUAAUAAGCGCUUGCAAUCAAAUGAAAUCGAAGAGGCACUGGAUAAUUACAACGACGAGGCUACGCACGACAGUGAUGAAGAAGCAAAUGGUGAAUCUGAAGAUGCAAAUAAUGACAGCGGUAACUCGGGCGACGAUGGUGAAGGAGGUAGUGAUAAAGACGAAGAUGCUGAAGAUGAGGCUGAGGUUGAUGCAAGGAAAAAGUCUGAGGAUGGAUCAGAGCAAGAGGAAGAUGAUAAUGUUUGUGUUGUCUGCUCAUACGAUGGAAGCGAUUUGAUGUGUAUACGCUGCAAAGAAACUUUCCAUUUAGAGUGCAUUAACAUGAAGCGAGCCCCUCGUUAUAAUUUUAUAUGUUCCAAAUGUAAAUCGACGAACGGGAAUGAUAAAAGGUCUCCAAAAAGCGCACGAAGUAAUGGCAAACACAUAUUGGAUUCUUCAAACGAUGACGAUGACGAGGAUUCUGAACCAUUGGUGAAACGCAAGCGACCGUCACGGUCAUCUUUACGCCAUUCUGGUUAUCAGCAGCAGCCACAGCAACAGAAUGGCCUAGACAGCAGUCCACGCGAAGCGGCUAAAUCGGCAUCACAACGGCGGUCAAUUCGUCGAACCGGUGACCAUUUACCAUUGAACAGUGCCGCAUUGUAUGAACUUCUCGAUGAUGUUAUGAAACACCAAGAUGCUUGGCCGUUCACACGUCCCGUUUCACAGGCUGAAGUACCGGACUAUCACAAGAUUAUAAAAACGCCUAUGGACUUAGCAAAGGUGAAGUCAAAGUUAAAUAUGGGCGCAUAUCAACUGAAUGAGGAAGUAAUGAAGGACAUACAAUUAAUCUUUCGAAAUUGCGAUGAAUACAAUGUAAAAGGAAACGAAAUUUACACUGCUGGUUGUACGUUGGAAAACUAUGUUAUAGAGCAAUGCAAACGCUUAAAUCUACCAUUUAAACCCAGCGACAUGAAUUCUUCGUAAUAACUAUAAAAAAUAUUUCAUAAAAUUACAAUUACAAGAGUUGUAACCUCAUGAGCUAAAUAGGAGUGACUUCAACUGUUUCUUAGUACCGCAUAGAAAAAAUAUUUUGAAAACCAAUAACAAUCAUCGUUACAGUUUUAAAUUUGUUGUAAACGCAUAUUUUGGAAGUUUUUUUUUUAAAUACCGUCCGAUUAUAGUCCACGCACGCACCUAUCUAUUACUGCUGCACAAAUAGGGAAUUCGCCAGGUGUUAUAAAAUAUCGUACUUUUUAUAGCGGCUAAAAAUAUAUUUUGGUGUACCAUGACAACAUCAACACCGUUGUGACACCUUGUGAAUCAUCUUAUGGUUAAACAUUACAUUAAAUAUGUACUUAAUGUAACUUAACGUUUAAAAAAAACAGUUAUACAUGUUUCGUAUAUAACAGGUUGGCUUUAAGUUAUGUUACGUUAAGUCUACAUCUAGGCAGUGUUUUGUUGUUAAAAUUUGAUUUUAAUUAUGACAAGAAGUUUGAAGUAAACAUUUAGCUCCUAAAUUCCAAAUAUACAGCGCUCUGAUUAAGCCGAUUUAUGGCCCAGUUACUCAAUGUUAACACUAACUGCAGAUUAAACAUCGUUAUCGACGUGGUGCACUCCAUAACAUAUAACAGGGUAUCAACAACGUCGAUGGCGAUGUUUAACCUGUAGUAGUAGACAUUAAGAAACCGGCGCCAAGAAUAUAGCUCCGCAACAAGGUAUUCAGGCGUUGAUUUUCGGCGCUGAUGCCAUAAUAUACAACUUGCAGCUGAAUAGAGCGCUGAAAGCAUAAAAAGCGCAUUAUGCCUGAAAAGCUUGUUGUGGGGUUGUGCUCUAAAAGCGUUUAGAAAAUUUUAAGAAACACAUAAUGCUUAUUUAAUGCAGAAAUAGCUAUUAACUUUGUAAGUUCAUGCAAAAUCGUAUGUUUAAGUCUAGAUUAAGUAAAAUUUCAAAUUAAGAACAAAAAAAUAAAAUAAACGAAAUUGAUCACAUUAUCACAAGCAAGAAUAUAAUAAUUAUUACUAUUACAAAUUUGUGUUGUCUGAAUUGGAAAUUGGGGUUUAAAACAGCGAUUCGAGCAAAAAUGAACUCUGUGAAGGGAAAAUAUUGUGUUUGAAAAUACCCCUAUCCAUACGGUGACCAGAUUUCUGUGGCCAAAAAUCGGGACAUUUCUAUAGCAUCGAAUCCGAAUAUACAAUUUUGAUUUUGGAACAAAGAGGCUUAAUACAGUCUUAUUUAAAACAAAA